UUUCAGUAUAUAUUAAAGGUUAUUUCCCUAUGGAUUCUCUAUUUGUAUCACAACCAUAUUGUCUCCAUCACACAACUUAGAAAGUAAAAACACAUUCCAACGAAGGGAAGGAGGAGAAAUGGAAGGAAUCGACCAUAGAAUGGUGAGCGUCAAUGGCAUAACACUGCACAUCGCAGAGAAAGGUCCCAAAGAAGGUCCCGUGGUGCUUCUCCUCCAUGGAUUCCCUGAUCUCUGGUACACGUGGCGUCACCAGAUUACUGGUUUAUCAUCUCUGGGUUACCGCGCUGUAGCUCCAGACCUCCGAGGCUGCGGAGACUCUGAUUCGCCGGAAUCUUUCUCCGACUACACGUAUCUUAAAGUCGUUGGUGACCUCAUUGCCCUCCUGGACAGUGUUGCUGGAGAUCAAGAGAAGGUCUUUCUGGUCGGUCAUGACUGGGGAGCCAUUAUGGGAUGGUUUCUCUGUUUAUUUCGACCGGAGAAAAUUAAGGGCUUUGUCUGUCUGAGUGUGCCGUAUAUCCCAAGAAACCCUAGUGUCAAGCCUGUUCAAUGGCUAAAGGCUAUGUUUGGGGAUGAUUACUACGUAUGUAGAUUUCAGGAACCGGGGAAGAUUGAACAAGAGUUUGCGAGUUCAGAUCUAAGAAUCCUUCUAGGGAACAUCUUCACAGGGAGGCCACUCGGUCCGGCUAUUUUACCUAAGAAUAAUCCCCUUGGGAAAAACCCUAACCUUAACAGUAAAAACAUUGAAUUGCCUAAAUGGUUUUCUAAAGAGGGUCUUGAUUUCUACGCUUCCAAAUUCGAAAAGACAGGAUUUCUUGGUGGCUUGAACUACUACAGAGCCUUGGAUCUGAGUUGGGAGCACACUGCACCAUGGACCGGAGCUAAGAUCCAAGUUCCGGUCAAGUUCAUGACCGGUGACUUCGACACGGUUUACACCACACCAGGGGUUAAAGAGUACAUUCACGGUGGUGGAUUUGCUGCAAAUGUUCCAAAUCUUCAAGAGAUUGUGGUAAUUCAAGAUGCUGGUCACUCCGUCAACCAAGAGAAACCUCAAGAGGUCACUGCUCACAUCAAUGACUUCUUCAUCAAGCUUCAGAACAAGAACAAAAGUUUUUAGGGUUCUUGUCCGCUUCAGGUAUGCUGUCUCUACAUAAAUCUUUGUUCUUGCGUGUGUUGUUUCAACAAGAUUAAGAAUAAGGUUCGGAAAUUUUAAAGUC